ACCCAGUUCCCACUUCGCCACUAUUCCGCUUAAACAGGCGUGGCUUCUGAGUGUUUGGAUUCGGGAACCAGGCGCUAGCGCGCAACUUGCAAGUAACUAGCCCAAGCCCUGGAAAGCAGUCGGGGCGCGAAGUGUACGGCAGGGUCGCUGCGCGUCACUCCCUCUCAGGGGAACGAGCCAAAAGCGGCCAGGCAGGAGUCGCUAAGUGUGUCAGCCCUAGGAAGACCGGAAGUUCGCUUCUUGGCUUGUUGGGGUCGCCGCUGCGGUCGCCCUCUGCGUCCGACCGAAUUGAGGAUAGGUGGCGGAGAAGAGCAUCAUGCAACGCACAGGCGCUGUCCUUUCUCAAUGAGUGACCGCGCGGCGUCAGCUCUCUGGCUCCUCCUGCUCCGGCUGAUUUUCCCCGCGCCUCUUUCAGAGGUGGCAGCAUCACAUUGUCUUUUGCCCAGCCCACAGAAUGUCCAUUUUAUCUCCAGAAACAUGAAGAACAUCCUGCAUUGGUUGCCACCAGAAGGAAUAGCAGAGAACAAAUUAAAUUAUAAAGUGAAGUAUUUGAUAUAUGGCACAGAUAAAUGGAUUAAGUAUCCGGAAUGUAAGAAUAUCAAUCAAACCUGGUGUGACCUCUCACAGGAAACCUACAACCACAAAGAGCAAUAUCAUGCCAGAGUGAAAGUCUCUCUAAAGGGAAAUUGUUCUGUCUGGGCAGAAUCACCAAGGUUCAAUCCAUUUACAGACACAACUAUCGAUCCACCUGCAUUUGCCCUCUCAUCGACCGAGAAUUCUAUUUCAGUCACUGUUGUCCCCCCCGAGAAGUGGAAGAGAAAUCCCAGGGAGCAACCCGUGUAUUUGCAGGAAAUAUACUCGGGCCUACAAUAUAACGUGUCAGUAUUCAACAAGAACAUAAAUAAAAGAUGGAUGUUUUGCAUUCAAAACAACAGAUUGGAGGUGCAACAGUUACAGCCAAAUAGACUAUACUGUGUCACAGUACAAGUAUAUAUUACUCCACUUCUGUUUAGUGAAUUAUCUGAAGAACAGUGCAUUGCUACCCUGAAAGCAGAUCCAGUUUUCAAACAAACUGCAACAGUCAUAUUUGGAUAUACUUUACCAGGCCUUUUAUUAGUCCUGAUUAUUUUGAUGUCAAGCUGUUGUCUAUAUAGGUACACUCAUCUUGUGAAGCAAACGUAUCCCAAGAACUUGAUCUUGAAAUACAGUCAAAGCUGUGGAAGAGAUAGUUUUGUUCCUUCUGAAAAAAUAGUGGUUAACUUAAUUACAGUUAAUGUUGUAGAAGAACAUAAAUCCUUUACGGACAAUGAUCAGUGGAAAACUGGCAAUGGUUACAUCAAUGCUGAGACUGGUGCGGGAAGCUGUGUGGAAGAGAAAGCUUCAAAAAAGGGUCUAGGAAACAAUAAUUUCUUAGAAAAGGACAUUGUACUCAAAAAUGAGCAAAAUAGAAGCAAAAUAAAACUGGCAGAGCUGGAAUCGCCCCAGGCUUUAGGACAGCCGCACAAUGAUGAGGUGGUGGUAUAUGAAUUUGAUGUGAGGGCUGAACAGAUGACUCCAGUUCAGGAGAAACAACAAAUAUUUAGCUGUAUUUGGGAACCAGAUUGUGCACUGCACAAUUCACAAGCAGCUAUGUCAGAGUUGCCCAUCUAUGGGACAAAGCAGGGCUAUUGCCCCCAGUUUGACACACAAGCUCCAGAUACCUCUUUCAGGCCACCGGUAAAAAAAGUCCUUGUGCAUGAAAGGAAUUCUGCUUCUUUACAAUUAUAUGAUGCUGAGGUCCCUCUGAUAAAUUUCAUGGCUGAUGAGCCCAACCAGGCCUUGUGUUCUGAGUGUGAUGUUAUAGCAGACAUUUGUUUGGUGCCUGAUUCAAAAGAGACCUUUUUGGAUGAAAAAGAAACUGCACUCAAAGAGCCACACACUUUACUAUCUCUGAUAACUCAAAAGACAACUUCAAAACUUCACCAGACUGGAACAAUGACCAGGGAAAACCAGGAAACAGGGAUGGAAGAAGAGCAGAACAAAACAGUUGAUUGGAAUCCCUGGACUGGGAGGAUGUAUUUGUCCUCCUUACCUGUUGUAACAAAAGAAGGUAAAAUUGACCCCCCAAAAUAUGAGGAAUCCCUGGAGGAAGCACUUCUAUUCAGGCUUUAUGAGAGCCACUGUUCUGAAGACUUAUUAGGAAGAUACAAGAAUAUGUGUCUCCUCCAACUCAAAGAACAUUGGGGACUACAUAUAGAAAUGCAAACCUAAUCUUUCUUUCAUUUCAUAAUUUACUAACUCAGUCACAUGACCAUCAGCAAGAGUAUGGGUUCAGUGCUCAGUCAGCUAACUGGCCAAGGGAUCUUCCUCCAGUCAGCAGAGUCUUGCCUUAUGCAUGAUCUGAUAAUCAUGUUGACCCAAACCCCAAGAGCUUCUAGACCAGGGGUUCUCAACCUUGGCAACUUUAAGACUUGUGGACUUCAAUUCCAGAAAGCUGGCUGAGGAAUUCUGGGAGUUGAAGUCCACAAGUCUUAAAGUUGCCAAGUGGAGAACCCCUGGUCUAGACUUUUGCAGAUAAGGAAUACUGCAUACUAGCUGAAUGUUGGUAAUAAGUAAAGAUUCUUCGGCUAUCUUCACAUUGUUAGAUUUCAGCAAUUCAAAACAUCUGAAAUAUUUUUUUUUAAGAAGACAGACUUGAGCUUUAUUGGUUUGUUUUAAUUAAGACUGCCCAUACAGAGCAAAAAAAAAUGGCCUGGUUUGCAUGGUAUGACAAGAUGAACUGGCUAUUGUAAUGAAAACAGAAAACCCAAGAAUAUUAGAGGGGAUAAUUCAGCAUAGGGAACUAAUAGUAACGGGGCUUAAUAUAGGUAGCCCUUGACUUAACAACUGUUCGCUUAAUGACAGUUCAACGUUAACGAUGGUCUCAGAAAAAAGUGACUUAUGAUUCAUCCUCGAAGUUAUAAUCAUUGUGUUAUCUCCAUGGUCGCAUGAUCACAAUUUGGGCACUUGGCAACUGGCUUGUAUUUACAAUUGUAGUGACUUGUGGUCACAAGAAUGAGAUUUGUGACUUUCCCAGCCAGCUUCCGUCAAGCAAAGUCAAUUGGGUAGAUUGGAUUCAUCUUAACAAACCACAUGAUUUACUUAACGACCAUGCUGAUUUGAUUAACCAGCUAAUGGUUGUAAAAUUGGGUCUAGUUACAUGAUGAUCAUUUAACAACUGCCUUGUUUAGACCUAAACUCCAGUCCCAAUUGAGGUAAUAAGUAAACAGCUACCCAUACAUGUUUUUACUGGCCCUUAAGCUGUCAAUGGGUCAUAAUUAAGUUGGCCAUAUGACUUCACUAUCUGAAGUGCCAUGUUUCUGAAUUCAAACAAGAGGAUGAAUCAUGUCCUGCUUGAUGGCUUCCCAGUAGGAUUCUGUAGGCUGCUCUUAUCUUGUGACAAAGUUCUCUAAACUAUAUGAGUUGAUAAGCAUCUUCUGGAAUGAUGAGAGCAUUCUGAAUGUACUGUUAUGGUGGACUUGACCGAUCAUAAAACACCUAUUUACAAA